AUGGUUGAUACGAGAAGGUUCCAUCCGGUUGGGAGUAUGGAGUCGGGAUCCUGUGAUUCCUUUUGUAGAGAUUCCGAGUUAAAGAACAUGCAUGGAGAAUGUCUUUUAGAUGAAGCCUUAGCCUUCACUCGGAUGAACCUAUCGUACUUGUCAACAAAAUCAAGCCCUUGUCUUGCAUAA